AUGCUUAUAGAUCUGGAGGACAAAGAAAAAAUUGGGGAAAAAGUAUGCCAAUGGACGGCACAGGAGUCGCAGGCUUCCUCUACCGAACGUCAUGGGAACAAAGACGAAAAGGAACUCUUCCAAGUAACCGUGUGUCAUCUAGCAAAAGGCCAUGAGACGUUCCCUGUCAGUCACCAUGGAAUUCUAAAUAUCUUCAAUGACAUUCUCGCCAAGCAUAAUCAUUAUGGCGAAUAUGGUCACGCGCUUUGUACAUUGGGAGAUAUCUUGUGGCCACCUGAUCGCCCACUUCCAUAUCCAGCGUGGGGGGCAAUCAAGACGCGACUUCAUGUAGCAAGUCUAGAACGCUUCCAUGAAUUAAUUUUGGCAUUGACAACUUGUGUGGAAGACCAACUGAAAAGCCAUUGCUACAAUACUGUUGGAAAUUUCUUAACUUUCUUUGAGAGCUAUAAGAAUCGGAAGGAUUUGACACAGUCUUUGGAAAGCUUCUACCGUGAGUACAAUCCUCCAAUCACGGCCAAGCACCACACUUGCGUCGGUUUGGGCUUGGACUUGGCCGAAAGAGUACUAGAAUUGGGAAAGGUUUACCCUGGUAUCAGUUCGGCUCUCUUUUUGGCGUCCUGCGAAGAGGAUAUUGGAAACGUCAAUCGAUAUGUUUCGACUCCAACUCCAGAUACCCGCACGUCAGAAAAAGAGCACGUCGUCAUUGCUUUAAACAUUGAACUGGAAGGUCGAGUAGGCGUACUAAUACUAGAUACUGGCUACCAUGUUCCACGACCUGUGAUAGUCAUGGAGGAUCGCCUGUAUCCUCACACUGGCUGGUUCAAACCGGGUGGCACAAGUCGCUCACGGCGCCUGUACAACUACACCCUACAUCCCAGUGGCCGCUACGUACUCUGGGAUGUCAAGGAAACCCGGAAAGGAAUUGAAGAAUGUGAAUCUGCCCUGAUCUAUACACAUCAGGCGUUUUUGUCUCCAGUAGACUGCACAGAGCGACGGAACUUGGUGUAUAACUUCAAAUCACUAUUGAAGCGAGACGCGAAAGGAAACGUGAUAGCUGGAUUAUACUUUGGAUUGAAACCGUUCGAGUUAGGCCAUUUUGCAUUAUUCUAUCAGGAUGAAAAACAACAAGUCGAUUUCAAGAUUAGUUUCAAAGAUAUCUUCCAUGCCCGUGAGCUACCUGAAACUAUUGAUGCAUCGUUGCGUCGAUGCCAGAGUCAGUUGGAACUUGGUGAUUCUGAUGGUUUGAUUAAACUCUUAAAGGAAAUAUGCUCAGCGUUAAACAACGCCGAAUUCAUGAAUCAGCUGUUAACCAUCAAUCAGCGCAUCGUUAUACUGGCUGAAAACAACUGAAAUUCUGUUGCACGGCGCAAAUGCUUCAUCAUCUAUAGCGCCUAAUCAUUCCAACUUUUGUUUUGUUUGAGAUUUUGGUCUAAAAUUGGCUUAUUGGUUAUCUCAUUUGGGUUUGGUACUAUAGUAUGUUUUGUUUGUAUCGUUAUUUGAAUGGCAUGACAAUACAAACAGUUUUAAAAGUAAACAA